AUGCGAAACCAAGCCCUGACAGAGCUUGUGUUGAGCAGUAACGGCAUCACAGACGAGGGUAUUGAUCCCAUUGCCGCAGUGCUGGACAGCAACAAUGUAUUGAAAAAGAUUGACCUUUCUGACAAUCGCUUUGGAUCAAGGGGUGCACAACAGCUGGCCUCUGGUGUCUCAAGGAACAAAUCGCUGAUCGAGCUCAACCUCAGCAGGAACAGUAUUGGUGAUCAGGGUGCUGAAGAAUUUCUGGCGGUGCUGGAUGUGGCAGUCCGGCCAAGACCAGCGGCCCUGCGGAUUUUGGACCUUUCUGGUAAUUCCAUCACAAGGCGCACAGAAGAUCGUUUGAUGUCUGCAUUCCACCGGAACAUCACGGUCCUGAGCUCACUUCGAAUCUCAGAAGCUGAUGCCCAGGCACCUGACCCUGAUAACGGCAAGCCUCCGCGCUUCACAGUUGUCUGCACCCAGCAGGGUAUUGAAGUUCGCACAGGAAGACCUGGGCCCAGAGCCCAAGUCAGUUGGGAACAAGAUCAAGGUGAUGUGGAGGUUGUUCUGAAGCGUCCAGAGUUGAGACGCAGUGAUUCAGCGGUCGUGGAUGUUGGCUUUGGCUAUCGCCGCCUGAAGGUAACUGUUCGCGGAGAGCUCCUUAUGGACAUAGAGCUUGCUGCGCGCAUUCGCCCAGAUGACUGUGCCUGGACCGUUGGUGAUGGAUACCUUCAAGUUGUUCUCGCCAAGGCGGAAGUGGGCAGAUGGCAGUCUCUGACAGCCUAG